GGCAAUGAACCUCAAGCCGGCGAGUACUGCUGAUCUGUAAGUACGUUUGUACGUGCAUGUGUCUAGGGUCUCCUCGUUGCUAACCAUCUUCGAACGGAUAUUGGACGUCGCGCAAUCGUAAAACUCUACUACUGUGUCUGUCCUUCAUACAAAUUGUCACGGCUACAGAAGCUUGCCACUGUCGUCAUGUCCUUCAGCCCAGCCGCACCGAGACCCAGGCUACAGACGGAGUUCUACGAGUUCCUGGAACAAAAACUCUUGAAUGUAGAGUCGCAGUUGAGUGCAUCGGAGAAAGAAAGGGACGCGCUGGGAGUGGCGUUGACACAAGCCGAGAAGAAGCUCGAGGCUUCCAACGUUGAACUCAAUGAACUACGGACGAAUGCCGCCGCUUCGAUUGAGGCGCUAUCGAACAAAGACGAGGUUGCACAUUCCACGGCAUUGCUUCGACAAGAUCUUCAGCGAGUAUCAGAUCUGCUCGCGAGGGAACGAGCGCGCCGCGAAGAAGCAGUAAGUUUUGCGGUCUAUCUGUCGCUUGUUGGGAAUGCUAAGGGGUAUCAUGAGGAACGUGUCACCUCCGAGACGGAAGCAAAGGUCAAGACUCUUGUCGAUAAACUUGCACAGUGCAACUCCGCAAACGAAGAGCUCAAGAAGAAAUGUAGCCAGGAAAGCGCCACACAACUCACAAAGAUCACAAGAUUGGAGGCAACCACCAAGGACAUGGAGAAAGAGAAUACGAGAUUACGAGAGGAGGUCGUGAACAAGGAGAAGAUCUGCAGUCGUGCAGUUGCAGAGCGUGCCGAAGCUAUUGCAGCUGAGACCGAAUGUCGACGGCAGUCCAACUACGUGAAAUCCGAGCUGGAUGCUGUGAAGAAGGUCAUCUUCUGUCGAACGCAUCGUCUUCUCACACUAAUCAUAUUUCAGGAGAUAUCGAGUCUGCGGACCGCGCUCAACUCGAUCACAGCUAGUACAUCCGACCAGCUUGACCUUCAUAGCUCGGCAGUGAAGUUGCGGGGCUUCGUGGAUGAUUUGCGUGCACUACCUGCUCCCGCUGUAGCAAUUGAUCUCGCGGCCCUUACGCCUGUUGAGAUACCGGCCUCUCAGCACGUAUCUGAAAUCUUGUCUGGCCUACGACGGAGAGGCGUGCUCACGGGCUUCGAAAUGACGCUCAGUGACAACUUGUUGUGGCUCCCCAACUCAAAUCAUGCGAUCACAAAGUGGUGGAGGUACACCAGAUGUAUCAAGUCAAAGGAGACACGUGAAAUCUUCCAUACCUCUCAUGGAAAGCUCUAUUACGUCGGCACAUACCAAAGGGUGGAGCUCGGUUUGGAUAAUAUCCAGCUGGAAGCCAUUGAUAUCAAACUCUUCCAGGUGAGCAAGGCAGCCCUCGGCAUUGAUACACACUCAAUAACUUGUCACACUCUCAUGAUGUUUGCAGCGACUUAAGAAUUCAGUGGCCCAGCUUGAUUUGAAAGCGGCGCUGGCGAAGCGUACAACAGAGAGGGCGCACGCGUCUAAUGCGUUGACCGAAGGCGUACCUGGAAUGUAUCAAUGGGGCAUCUUGAAAGCGAAAGUUAUUGGUCUCCAGUGUAUCGGAUU